AUAAAGGAAAAAAUAUGUGAUCAGAAAAAAAAAAAAAAAAAAAAAAGGGCUGUAUGUUAGUUUUUAUAUAGAAAGGAAGAAGGAAAGGAGCAAAGGUUGUGGUUGAGAAGGAAGAGGAAAGAGUGAGGGGAAUUGGAAUAAAUUAAGGUGAAAUGAUUAUGAAAGAGGAAGACAAUAAUGUAAAUAAUUCUCGGAAAUGGCUGGAAGAUCUGUCAAACGGGACCAUCACUCACGAUAUGGAAGGCGAAUCUCUGGCGGGUCUGCACAUCAUUUCUGCUCGUAAAGGCUUUGUGCUCUGUAAUUUCGUUGUUCCAACAACCUUAUCCGAUCAACAUGGAAAUUGGCACGCCGGAGCAAUGGCAACGUUGAUCGACGAUGUUGGAGCCUCCGCUAUCUACUCCUCUAUCGGUCAAAUGAAAGUGUCCGUUGAUUUCAGUGUUUCUUAUAUUUCGACGGUCAAGAUUCAAGAAGAGGUUGAGAUAGAGGCAAAGGUAUUAGGGGAGCUGGGAAAGCUUACUUCUGUGAUAAUUGAAGUUAGAAGGAAAUCCAAUGGAGAAUUAGUUGCUUUGGGUAAGCAAUGGAUGGCAUCACCCUCUAAUACUAAUAGGACCAACCAAGACCAACUAAGUAAACUUUGACGUCAAUGUCAAUUGGACAAUAUGCUGUUUUUUUGUGUUCAUGAGCUGGGCCGGAUACCAACAGUGAUUAAUAUUGUAAUUCUUUUUUCUUAUAGCCCACUUGUAAUAUCGUUGUUUGAUUUUUUUCUGAACUCAUUUUAUGUCUUACAAAUCUAAUACAUGCUAAUGAUACAUAUCCAGAUUAUUACUUUUUUUUAUUUUUAUAGAUUUGUAUUUGAUAAAGGCAUAUAUAGCAAAAUAAAUAUGCACCUUUUGGAA